AUGACUGAAGAAAAUUCGACAUUAUUUCAUCAAUAUGAUAUUCAAAUAUCAAAUACGGAACGACGUAAUUCAAGUAUUGCUAUACAAGAUUGUUAUAUUGUUUAUUUAAUUGAAUGCCGCCCAAAAAAAUCUGAAUCUCCCAGCGACGAUCUUCAAUCUACAUGUGUUUUUCGUCGUUAUUCAGAUUUUGAAACAUUACGUAAUUAUCUUGUUGCGAAAUAUUCAUGGGUUAUCGUUCCUGUUUUACCUGAAAAGACGAUUUCGCAUACAUGGUCAAAGUCACAUUAUGAUCGAACGAGUGUAGAAGUUGUUGAACGAAGACGUGUUUUACUCGAACGUUUUCUGCAUCAUUUAUGUUCUCAUCCAACAUUAUCAACCGAUUCAGCAGUUCAAACAUUUUUACUUCAAAAUGAUGGUUGGAAACACAUUGUCGAUACAAGUCAUGUUCUUAGUAAAUCUGAAUCCUUGAUUCCUUCAUUUAAAUUGAAUUUAAUGCAACACGAAAGAACCAAAGAUAAACGAUUUCUUGAUGCUUAUCAAUAUGCAAUAGACUUGUAUAGUAUUUUAUAUAAUGUUCUUCGUGCACGUGCUAAAGUUGCUGAUCGAACAUUUGUAUUUUAUCAAUCUCAUAAUCAGCUCGGUCGAUUAUUUAGUGAUUGGAGUACAACAGAAGAUAAACUUGGUGACUCGUUGCAACGAGCAGGACAUUUUCUUGAUAGUUAUUCUGGACAAAUUGAAGAAUAUUUACAUGAAGAAGAUGCUUUAAUGGAUUUUCUUAAACAUCAAGCAUCAUAUUGUGAUGUCAUUAAAUCAAUUGUUGAAAAGCAUGAACAAUUAUUAGAAGAUAAUACGAAACAAGAAACAACACUUGGAAUUAAACGAACUCAAAGAGAUGCCUAUGCGAAUGGUAAAAUGAAUUUUUCAGUUAAUUUACUUAAGUCGAAAUUAUUUGGUGAAAAUGAAGAAACACGUUAUGCCAAAAUAGAAACGAUGGAUUCUGAUAUAAAUGAUGCUGUUUUACACUGUCAAAAUGCUGAUAUUCGCGUUAAAGAAUUCAAUAAAAAUGCGCUAAUUGAACUUGAUUUCUAUAAAACAAUGAAAGAAGAACAAAUGCGUGAAAUUCUUCGUUCAUAUUGUCUUCUUCAAGCUCGAGUAGCUAAAGCGGCUUCAAAAAGUUGGACAAAUAUUCGAGACAGUUUUUCAACCGACACAAGUACCAUUAUAAUUUAA